CUGGGAUCCACGAGGUGCCCUCCACCCCCCUGCAGCUCCAUCACGUGUGAUGGGCGCCGAAUUGCAGGCUUGAGCUUGAGCUCUUUGGCGUCCUUCCUCCAGUUGGUGGCCCAGCUCGCCGGCGUUCUGAGUACGGCCUCGGCUACAAACUCUGAUGGUGAGUUUCAAACCCAAUUCCACUGCCGCACUGAUCGAUCUGGCCUUGUUGGGGAUGCUCCCUGGAUAACUGUACCAUACCCAUUCCAGUGGGGAGCACUGACUUUUCAUGCUGCUGAAUCCUUUGCCAUGAUGGCAGCUGCUUUUGUUGCUCUUGUGGAGCGCUACGGCUAUGAAGAUGACGUGUUGAAGAAGCACCAUCGGCUUCAGUGUCACCAUCCUCCUCGGCAUGCAGAAGACACUCCCAAGUCGUCUCUGUACUGCAUCCAGGAUGGCGAGGUUGAGCGUUUGAAAGUAGAAAGUCCAGAUCCACAGCGGCAUCAGAGCUUCGUCGUCGACCUCAUCUGCGAUCGUCCUCGAGGUCGCCCAUGGCGGUCUGGUCCGGCCCGGCAGCAGCCAUGGACGGAGACGCCUGAAACCCUAGCCCUCCAAGGAUGCGCGCCGGCUGCAGGCCAUCUUCGGCGAGCUCAUCCACAGAUCUUCGUCUAUGGUGCGUGUGCAUGAUCCCUAGACCCCUUGUCUUGUUGCUGAGAUGGGGAGAAGAGGCAAGGGCGUAUGGUGGUGGGUAGGGGGGCUCAGGCGUCACAGAGAUAAAGAAGGCCAUAAUGUUUUUCUGCUGACUUCUCUCUUGCUACAAAUUAUUUGAUACUUAUAGAUAGUGAUAACAAAGGUGAAAACUGGACCGGGUGUAUGAUCUCCAAAUUAAUGUUGGGAUAUCUUUAUUUGGGGUUUCA